CGAAAACAGCGAAGUAAUAAAUUUCAAUCAAGAUAGUUUUUACGCAAACGAAGAGUAUUGGAGGAUAAAAUGCCAAACAUUAGAAGAACAUAUUCCAACAGAGGUAAAGAACAAGCACCUAAACGAAGAAUUGACACAAACUCUCCAACAAUCAAACGAAAACUCGAUUAUAUCGAAAGCCAAUUGCUCAAAGGACACAAUGAACACGAGUACAGAGAGCUGCUUAACGAGUAUUAUACACUCACAGGAACCGAAUACCCAAUACGAGAGAGCGUUGAACAUAUUGAAAAUAAGAUAUCUAAACAACAGGAAAAACCAAAUGACAAUACAGCAGGACCUAGCAAAAUGCUUCGACGAGAAAGUACAAUUGAUGAUGCCGGAACAGAACUUACAAAACCUGACAUAGAUGGAUUUAUUUUGGAUUGUGAAGAAAGACAAUCAGUUAUUCAAGCAGAGCACGAAAACGCUAUUGAAAAUAAAGAAACGACAAAUAAAACAAGCGGAACAAAAAUUAUCGAAAUCUCAUUGGACGAAGAAUGGAUCGAAGAGGAGGACAUCGCCUGCUACGACAACAUCACAAGAACGGAUAGAUGUGCUAAACUGAAAUUGGAUAAUUCGGGAAACCAACGCACUCUAUCUGGUACAAUCAAAAAGAAACGAGAUGCGAUGCCCUCGAUUUAUGCACAAAAACACAUAAAAUAUGCAAGUACUUUGAUAGCAAGGAAUCAGAGUAUAGUGGAACCCUCCACACGCACUGUAUCCUCGCUUCAUACGUUCUCGAGCGAGCGGAAAGAUCACCUGAAGGAGAACAACUCUGAAUUAGAAGAGCCUUCUUCCGAGCCCGACAAUACCUCUGCAAGGGAUGUAGUGACAUUAACAGAAAACGGUAAGGACACCACUGCACGACAUGUAACUCGCGAAUUACGGUUAAGCACGUUAAUACCCCUUCUUACUACAAGAAUAGUAUUAUCUACGUGCUUAAGCGUGAUUAGCUACGUAAAAGCACAUAUUACAUUUGACGUAGACAAUAUACAAGACGAAACAACAAUAACACAACGACAACCACUAAAGGCACAACUAAAACAAAACUUUGCUAACUAUUUAUUCACCCACAACAUCAUGAAUUCAAGACAAUACGACGACGAAUUAUCAAAGAGUGACGAAUUACGAAUAAUAGAAUUUACAAUACAACUAAAAGACUUGGAGAUAAUAAAAAAGACUAAAUUUCGGCAAAUAUACCUAAAACAACGUUACGUUGACGUACUGACACCCAGAAUAGUUAUUUCAAAUAACAAAUCUCGUUUAGGUGCGCUAAUGUUCUUCCUAUCAAAUAUAGCACUACAAAAUCAGAUCUCCGUCAAUAGGCUAAAGCAAUUACUUUGCAAUUUCAUCUUCAACCUAAACCAUAAGAAGAGGGGACUCAUUCUUUGUGGACCAUCUGAUUCUGGUAAGACCUUUUUAGCUAACUUACUUUAUUCCUCUUUUAAACCUCACGAAAUUGGCUAUUCCAACUGUCCUACUGGUCUAAACCCAUCAUCAUUUCUACUACAGGCAUUAAGUAAUUGCUUAGCUUAUCGAUGUGAUGAAAUGGUUUUUGAACACCUAGGCGUGAUACAGUUAAUGAAGCAGCUAUUGGAAGGGUCAGGGUUAGGGUUACACUUACAAGUACACUUACAACAGAUGUGCACAUUGUUUUUAAUAAAAGGAUUAGCCAUAGAAACAGUAGUGUAG